UGGCCCUGGGGGGUGACUCCAAGGAGGUCCCUGGGGCUCUGGGGGCCAGGCCCCUUUGAGGUGUGGCAGUGGGGAUGCUGGCUGUGGGCCAGAGGGACCCCUCCCACUCCCCCUGCUGCCCACCCACAUCCAGGAUGGACAGUGGGUUGGUCUUGGUCCAGCACCCUGCUCUUUUAGCACAGAAAACUGCUGAAGAUCUGAUUUCAGAACCCAAAUCCGUCAAAAUGAUAAGCUCCACCUACCGGGAAGGGGUUUGGGUCAGAGUUUGAGCUGGCCCUGGAACCUCCGUGGCUGGCCCCGAUGGCUCGUCCAGGCUGGGAUGUCACUGCUGGCCUUGGAACCCGUCAGAGCUGGCUGAGCACACAGUUGGUGCUCAACCAGUGCACAAGAACAGGUGACAGGCUCGGCAGAUGUUUGAGGGGGAGAUGGCGAGCCUGGAGGCUCUUCGCGGCACUGGCCUGGUGCGGGCACCUCGGCCCAUCAAGGUGAUUGACCUCCCAGGCGGUGGGGCUGCCUUUGUGAUGGAAUAUCUGAAGAUGAGGAGCCUGAGCAGUCAGGCGUCGAAACUUGGAGAACAGAUGGCGGAUCUGCACCUUUACAACCAGAAGCUCGGGGAGAAGUCCAGGGCGGAGGAGAACACAGUGGGCCGGAGGACUGAGGGUGCCAGGCCCCAGUACGUGACCCAGUUUGGCUUCCACACGGUGACGUGCUGUGGCUUCAUCACACAGGUGAACGAGUGGCAGGACGACUGGCCGACCUUCUUCACCCGUCACCGGCUCCAAGCGCAGCUGGACCUCAUUGAGAAGGACUACGCUGACCGAGAGGCACGAGAACUCUGGUCACAGCUGCAGGUGAAGAUCCCAGAUCUGUUCUGUGGCCUAGAGAUUGUCCCCGCCCUUCUUCAUGGGGACCUCUGGUCGGGAAACGUGGCCGAGGAUGACAGCGGACCCAUCAUUUACGACCCGGCCUCCUUCUAUGGCCACUCCGAGUUUGAACUGGCAAUCGCCUCAAUGUUUGGCGGGUUUCCCAGGUCCUUCUUCACCGCCUACCACCGCAAGAUCCCCAGGGCUCUGGGGUUUGACCGGCGGCUGCUGCUCUAUAAGCUCUUUAACUACCUGAACCACUGGAACCACUUUGGGUGGCAGUACAGGAGCCCAUCCCUGGGCACCAUGAGGAAGCUUCUCAAGUAGUGGCCGGCUGGCAGCCCCUGCCCAGCCGCUGAGCAGACGCCAGGGGUGGCUGCGCCGGAGGCCACUUAAGGGAGAAUAAAGCCCUGGGGGUUUCAGGGAUGG